AUGAUGUGCGGCGCGCGCACCGCCACGCAGCCCGCCACAGCCGAGACCCAGGCCAUCGCCGACCAGGUGAAGGCCCAGCUGGAAGGAAAGGAGAACAAGACGUUCCCCAUGUUCAAGGCCGUGGAGUUCAAGAGCCAACUGGUAGCCGGGAGGAACUUCUUCAUCUAGGUUCAAGUGGAAGAAGAGCUCAUGCACCUUCGAGUCUUUCAGAGCCUCCCGCACGAAAACAAACCCUGGUGCCUGGCCAGCUAUCAGACCAGAGAGACCCGGCAGGACGAGCUGUCCUACUUCUAG